AAUGCUAUUGCUAUGGUGUGUUACCAAAAUAUGUCAAAUGACCUUGCUAGUUUGUAAACAAUACCUUGGUAAAGAGUUCACUUUGAUAUAAGUUUACUGUUUUAUUUCUAAAUUGUUUUUAAAGAAAGUGAGUUUAUUAAGGCUUUAAAGUGGCGGGUAACAAGCACAAGAUGAACAUCGAUUUCGAGACUAUGGCAGUUCUGGAAGAGGAAUCUCAAAACGAAUCCCUCGGCGGCGGGGUGUACGGUUCGACGGGGGCCUCAGGGGCGGAAGGUGGGGAGCGACGCGAGGGGGGCAAGCGCGGCCGAAGACCUGGCAGAAAAGCGCAACUUGACAAACAGGACAUGAAGGCUAAACUGGAGCGCAGCCGACAAUCAGCGCGCGAAUGCCGCGCCCGCAAGAAGCUGCGGUACCAAUACCUGGAGGAGCUGGUCGCAGACAGGGAGAGAGCAGUUAUCUCGCUCAGGAAGGAACUCGAUAAGUACUACAAAUGGAACCUCGAGCUAGAUCAAGGGCGUAUGCCGGAGGGGCUCGAGUGCGAGGCGCGACGCGACCGCGAUACAAAUCCAUUACUCCCUUGCCCUGAAGAAGGAAACUGA